GGCGGAGGAGGCGGCGGCGGCGCUGUUCCCCGCGCAGUCCUCGGAGCGGGGUCCGGGCUGUGCGAGGUCGGGCGACGGCGCUGCGACCCCGGCCGGUGUCCGACCCCGGGUCGCCUCCCAGGCCGCCCCCCGGGCCCCGCGUCCCCUCCCCCGCUGGCGGGGCCCGGACUAAAGAUGGUGCAGAAGAGAACAGCCGAACUUCAGGGCUUCCACCGUUCGUUCAAGGGGCAGAAUCCUUUUGAGCUGGCCUUCUCCUUGGACCCUGCUCAGCACGGGGACGCUGAUUUCAGUCCACAGUGUGAGGCCCGACCUGACAUGCCCUCCAGCCAGCCCAUCGACAUCCCGGAUGCCAAGAAGAGAGGCCGGAAAAAGAAGCGCUGUCGGGCUACUGACAGCUUCUCAGGCAGGUUCGAAGAUGUCUACCAGCUACAGGAGGAUGUGCUAGGGGAAGGGGCCCAUGCCCGUGUGCAGACCUGUGUCAAUCUGAUCACCAACCAGGAGUAUGCUGUCAAGAUCAUCGAGAAGCAGCUGGGCCACAUCCGCAGCAGGGUGUUCCGGGAGGUGGAGAUGCUGUACCAGUGCCAGGGACAUAGGAAUGUCCUAGAGCUGAUUGAGUUCUUCGAGGAAGAGGACCGUUUCUACCUGGUGUUUGAGAAGAUGCGCGGAGGGUCCAUCCUGAGCCACAUCCACAGAAGGCGCCACUUUAAUGAGCUGGAGGCCAGCGUGGUGGUGCAGGACGUGGCCAGUGCCCUGGACUUCCUGCAUAACAAAGGCAUCGCCCACAGGGACCUAAAGCCAGAGAACAUCCUGUGUGAGCACCCCGACCAGGUCUCGCCUGUGAAGAUCUGCGACUUUGACCUGGGCAGUGGCAUCAAGCUCAAUGGCGACUGCUCUCCCAUCUCCACGCCUGAGCUGCUCACCCCGUGUGGGUCAGCUGAGUACAUGGCCCCAGAGGUGGUGGAGGCCUUCAGUGAGGAGGCCAGCAUCUAUGACAAGCGCUGUGACCUGUGGAGCCUGGGCGUCAUCCUCUACAUCCUGCUCAGCGGCUACCCGCCCUUCGUGGGCCACUGUGGCAGUGACUGUGGCUGGGAUCGAGGAGAGGCCUGCCCAGCCUGCCAGAACAUGCUGUUUGAGAGCAUCCAGGAGGGGAAAUAUGAGUUCCCCGACAAGGACUGGGCCCACAUCUCCUUCGCUGCCAAAGACCUCAUCUCCAAGCUGCUGGUCCGAGAUGCCAAGCAGAGGUUGAGCGCUGCCCAAGUCCUGCAGCACCCAUGGGUGCAGGGGUGCGCUCCAGAGAACACCCUACCGACACCCUUGGUUCUGCAGAGGAACAGCUGUGCCAAAGACCUCACGUCCUUUGCGGCUGAGGCCAUUGCCAUGAACCGGCAGCUGGCCCAGUGUGAGGAGGACGCCGGGCAGGACCAGCCUGUGGUCAUCCGAGCUACCUCACGCUGCCUGCAGCUGUCUCCACCCUCCCAGUCCAAGCUGGCCCAGCGGCGCCAGAGGGCAAGCCUGUCCGGCACCCCCGUGGUCCUUGUGGGGGACCGUGCGUGACCCCCACCAUCCCCUUGUACAUACGCUCCUGCCCUGCAGGGCCUGAAGGCUAGGGACCUGGGUGCCCCUUCCCCUUGCCCUCCCAGGCACCAGCUCACCGGGGUCCUGCGGGGGAUGUAGGGUUGGUUCUGUUGGGAGGGAGGUGUUCUCUUUUUCUCCCUGUCCUCCACCCCGCCCGUCUAUUUGGCUUUGUUUUGUUUUGUUCUCCUUUUACCACUAUUGAAAGCAAGUGCCCAGGAGGAGGGCGGAGGGUUCGGGCCACCUGGCCUGCACCCCGCGAUGCUCGCCUGUCAACUGUGAAGGCCCUGCCGCCUGCACCCCCACCUCCACUCCGGCUACUCCGCUGUCUUCCAGGGCUGGGGAUCCCACAGGGUCAGCACCCCACACUUUCCCUAUCCCUCAGUAUUGUCAGGGACAGGCUCACCUGGUGAGCACAGUUGCCCUUUGUCUGUCCAGCAGAGCACCCUUGGAGCUGGGGCAUGGAAUUCCACUGUCUUGGAUAGAGACCUCUGAGGGGGCGGGUAGAUGGGGACAAUGCACCUGAUUGACCCCCAGUCCCCAUCCCCUACCUGCUCUGUCCCUUGGAGGGUUGACAAUCAGAAUCUUCUCCAGGCUGCGGAGCUCUUGCUCCCAAUCCACUUGCCAGGGGCAGAGAUGGAGGAGGACCCUGCAUCUAGCUAGCUCCACCAAGGCAGGAGAGGUGCUGGACAAGGCCCACAUCAGCAGACAUGGGGUCCCCACGUGUCUCCCCACCCAGGGCACCUGAGUGCCCCUUCUCAGGGCUCAGCCUGACCACGGCCAUGUCGUGCCCUAUGCUGCCCCUGGGUCUGGAGUUCACAAGCUCUCCUGGCUACUUCUGUUACCCAGAGGUCCCUCACCUUCCCUCUGCCCCCAAGGGCAGUGACUUGGGUGUGUCUACCUUCAGGAAAGGGGCUAACGCUGCCUUGGCCUCCCUUGGGCAUCCAAGAGGCUGGGAAGGCCUGGGGGCUGUUUCUAGCCACGAGCUACUAUGCAAUAUGAGUUCCCAUUUUCUCCGUGGCCCGCUGGACGGGGGCGGCUUCGGGGGCCAGGCCACCCCGCCCUGCAACUCUGCUCAGGUGUCUCCAGGGCAGCCCCUGGCCUCAAAAUCCUUGGUCAAGAUUGUUCGUCAAGUUUAGUUUAGGCUCUUUUUUUUUUUUU